GGCCGGCCCCUGGGCGCGCGCGGCAGCAGUUGGACUGCGGCGGGCGGCUGUUCGUUGCCCCCUUCGAGGCGUCCCUCUUCACAGCUCUUCUACCUCGCGCAGCAUGUCGGGCCGCGGCAAGACCGGCGGCAAGGCCCGCGCCAAGGCCAAGUCGCGCUCGUCGCGCGCCGGCCUCCAGUUCCCCGUGGGCCGCGUGCACCGGCUGCUGCGGAAGGGCCACUACGCCGAGCGGGUGGGCGCCGGCGCGCCGGUGUACCUGGCGGCCGUGCUCGAGUACCUGACGGCCGAGAUCCUGGAGCUGGCGGGCAACGCGGCCCGCGACAACAAGAAGACGCGCAUCAUCCCCCGCCACCUGCAGCUGGCCAUCCGCAACGACGAGGAGCUCAACAAGCUGCUGGGCGGCGUGACGAUCGCGCAGGGAGGCGUCCUGCCCAACAUCCAGGCCGUGCUGCUGCCCAAGAAGACCAGCGCCACCGUGGGGCCGAAGGCGCCUGCGGGCGGCAAGAAGGCCACGCAGGCCUCUCAGGAGUACUGAGGGGCGCCCGCGCCGCAGCCGGCCCCCAUGCCACCACAAAGGCCCUUUUAAGGGCCACCACCGCCCUCACGGAAAGAGCUGAGCCACGUCGGGCUCGGGGCGGGCGGCCGCGGCGCUCGGCUCCCCCCCGCCGCGUCGUCACCGCCGCCGCCGCCGC